GAUUUUUGUUUCAAUCACUCAAUGGACCACUACAUAUGGUUCUAGCCAAUCCAGACACCAUGGCUCGAGCCAAAAUGUCUAGUCCACUUGACAUGUUGGAAACCUCGUGCACUAGACUAGUGCGCAGAGUGGUUAACCUCCCACGAGCCAUUUCGAGGGUUGUGGAUCAAGGACUAGACCUCAUGACCGCCGCAGGAGGACGGAGAAACCACCACCAGUUUCCGCCACCAAGUGUUCCCCUCCACCACCACCACCCUCCUCCACCAUAUCAGCCCACCAACAAUUUUCAAUCCAAUUGGGAUUUUCUAGCCGGUUUUGAGCAACAAUUCGGUGUCACACAUCCAUUUUUCUACGCGUGUAGGUUUGUUGAGGUUUUAAAGAUGGCUCAAGAUGAGCACAAGUUUGUGUUCUUGUACUUGCACUCACCCGACCACCCGUUUACACCACCUUUUUGCAAGGAUACUUUGUGUGCUGAGGUGGUGGUGCAGUUUCUUGAUGCAAAUUUUAUGUCUUGGGGUGGUGUUGCCAAUAUUGGUGAAGGUAUGCAUUUGGCCGCAACGGUUCAGCCAACCACCUUUCCGUUUUGUGCCAUUGUGGCUCGUGGUUCAGACGAUAGCUUAGUCGUGGUUCAAAAGAUGGAAGGGCCGGUGACCCCUGAAGAACUAGUCGAAACACUACAAACAACGCUCGAGGAGCAAGGAUUGGCAUUUGAUAACGCGAGGGUAGCCAAAGAAGAAAAGAGAAGGGAUGAUAUUCGCUUGAGACAAGAACAAGAUGCUGCUUAUUCCGCCUCUCUCCAAGCCGACCAGGAAAAAGUGUUGAAACGCAAAAAGAAACCUCAACAUCAGGAUAAUGCAAAUCCGAAUACUCAAGAUAUUCAGAUUUUAAUAAGGUUCCCAAAUGGAGAAAGGAAGCAGCGAGUAUUCUCACGGAGAGAGAAAAUCGAAGCUAUUUUCAAAUUUAUCGACUCGUUAGGUCUACCAGAAGUUGGUAAAAACUACAAGCUCGUGUCGAGUUUUCCUAGAAAAGUGUACGGGGUAGAUCAAAUGAAAAUGAGUCUCAAAGAUGCGGAAUUUGGUACAGAAGCAACUUUAUUCAUCGAACUUAUUUGAUAACCUUUCUCGACACUUUUAAUGUUUUCACUAGAGCUUUAUUGACGAACUAAGACUCAAGUUUGUAUUUUGGAUUAUUAUUUAUGAUGAUUAUGAAGUGCUAUAAAGAUGAUGGGGUCGAUUAUGUACA